AUGGAUGAGGAAAACAUGACGAAAAGCGAGGAGCAGCAGGCUCUGAGUUUGCAAAAAGCCUUACAGCAGUGUGAGUUGGUCCAAAACAUGAUAGACCUCAGCAUUUCCAACCUGGAGGGGCUCAGGACCAAAUGUGCCACCUCCAACGACCUCACGCAAAAAGAAAUCCGGACCCUGGAGAGCAAGCUGGUGAAGUACUUCAGCCGGCAGCUAUCCUGCAAAAAGAAGGUGGCUCUACAGGAGCGCAACGCCGAGCUGGAUGGCUUCCCUCAGCUCCGACACUGGUUCCGGAUCGUCGAUGUGCGCAAAGAAGUCCUGGAGGAGAUCAGCCCGGGCCAGCUGAGUCUGGAGGAGCUCUUGGACAUGACCGAGGAGCAGGUGUGCAAGACUGUGGAGAAAUACGGAGCCAACCAGGAAGAGUGUGCCCGCCUCAACGCCUCUCUCUCCUGCCUCAGGAGCGUGCACAUGGCCGGAGGCAACCUUUCUAAACAAGACUGGACCAUCCAGUGGCCCACGACAGAGACUGGAAAGGAGAACACUCCUGUGUGCCCUCCAGAGCCAGCCCCUUGGGCCCGCACCCACGUCGCCCAGAGUCCGAAGGUCCAGUCCAAGUGUGUCCAGCACUACUGUCACCCCAGCUCUACCCCUGGGGCCCCCGUUUACACCCAUGUGGACAGACUUACUGUGGACAUCUACCCUGGCCUGUGCCCGCCACCGCUGGAGUCUGGCCACCGUUCCCUGCCUCCAUCACCUCGGCAACGGCAUGCAGUCCGCACUCCGCCGCGCACUCCCAACAUCGUCACCACCGUGACUCCACCUGGCACGCCGCCAGUGCGGAGGAAGACCAAAUUGAAGCCCCCAGGGACCCCGCCUCCCUCCUCCCGCAAGCUGAUCCACUUGAUCCCCGGCCUCACAGCGCUGCAUCGAAGCAGAUCCCAUGAAUUCCAGCUGGGCCACCGCGUGGAUGAGGUCCACACGCCCAAAGCCAAGAAGAAGAGCAAACCCUUGAACCUCAAGAUCCACAGCAGCGUGGGUAGCUGCGAGAACAUCCCCUCCCAGCAACGCUCGCCCCUCCUUUGUGAGCGCUCCCUCCGCUCCUUCUUUGUGGGACAUCCACCCUUCCCGCCCUCCACCCCACCAGUCCACAGCGAAGCCCACUUCUCAGCAAACACUCUGUCAGUGCCUCGCUGGUCCCCGCAGAUCCCACGCCGAGACCUGAGCAACUCCAUCAAGCACAGGUUUUCCACCAAAUACUGGAUGUCGCAGACCUGCACAGUCUGUGGGAAAGGGAUGCUCUUUGGCCUCAAGUGUAAAAACUGCAAGUUAAAGUGCCACAACAAAUGCACCAAAGAAGCCCCACCCUGUCACCUCUUGAUCAUCCAUCGAGGGGAUCCAGCAAGGUUAGUCCGGACAGAGUCAGUCCCGUGUGACAUCAACAAUCCACUACGGAAGCCACCCCGGUACUCAGACCUGCACAUCAGCCAGACGCUCCCUAAAACCAACAAAAUUAACAAGGACCACAUCCCUGUCCCUUACCAGCCAGAUUCCAGCAGCAACCCUUCAUCCACGACAUCAUCUACUCCCUCUUCACCAGCGCCCCCACUCCCACCAAGCGCCACGCCGUCUUCUCCCCUGCACCCCUCGCCGCAGUGCACAAGACAGCAGAAGAACUUUACCCUGCCAGGGUCCCACUACUACAAAUACAAGCAACAGUUCAUCUUCCCGGAUGUGGUACCGGUGCCGGAGACGCCAACUCGGGCGCCACAAGUUAUCCUGCAUCCUGUGACCUCGAACCCAAUCUUGGAAGGAAAUCCAUUACUUCAAAUUGAAGUGGAGCCGACCUCUGAGAAUGAAGAGGGCCACCAGGAAACGGAGGAGUCAGAGGAUGACUUUGAGGAGAUGAACCUGUCCCUACUCUCUGCCCGGAGCUUCCCACGUAAGGCCAGCCAGACCAGCAUCUUCCUCCAGGAAUGGGACAUCCCCUUCGAGCAGCUGGAGAUGGGUGAGCUCAUCGGCAAGGGCCGCUUCGGGCAGGUGUACCACGGCCGCUGGCACGGAGAGGUGGCCAUCCGGCUGAUCGACAUUGAGAGGGACAACGAGGACCAGCUGAAGGCCUUCAAGAGGGAGGUGAUGGCGUACAGGCAGACGCGGCACGAGAACGUGGUCCUCUUCAUGGGCGCCUGCAUGAGCCCGCCCCACCUGGCCAUCAUCACCAGUCUCUGUAAAGGACGGACACUCUAUUCUGUGGUGAGGGACGCCAAGGUCGUCUUGGAUGUCAACAAAACACGACAGAUCGCUCAAGAAAUCGUGAAGGGCAUGGGCUACCUCCACGCCAAGGGUAUCCUUCACAAGGACCUAAAGUCCAAGAACGUCUUCUAUGACAAUGGCAAAGUGGUGAUCACAGACUUUGGACUCUUCAGCAUUUCUGGGGUGCUGCAGGCCGGCAGGCGUGAGGACAAGCUACGCAUCCAGAAUGGCUGGCUUUGCCACCUAGCACCGGAGAUCAUCCGCCAGCUGUCGCCUGACACGGAAGAGGACAAGCUCCCCUUCUCGAAGCACUCAGACGUCUUUGCGUUUGGCACAAUCUGGUACGAACUCCAUGCCAGAGAGUGGCCUUUCAAGAGCCAACCAGCAGAGGCAAUAAUCUGGCAGAUGGGAACAGGCAUGAAACCCAACCUCAGCCAGAUUGGCAUGGGAAAAGAAAUCUCGGACAUUCUUCUCUUCUGCUGGGCCUUUGAACAAGAAGAGAGACCUACCUUCACCAAGCUCAUGGACAUGUUGGAGAGACUGCCAAAGCGAAACCGCCGCCUGUCUCACCCUGGACAUUUCUGGAAAUCUGCAGAGUAG